GUGUGUGUGCAGUUUGUGUGUGUGUGCGUGUGUGUGUGUGUUGAACUGAGCGGAGGUGAAGAAGAGGAGGAUGAAGCUGGGAGCGGAGGAUGGGAGGAAGAGUGGAGUAAGAGACAGGCUGUAGCACUGUGUGAAUGAGUGAGUGAGGAAGAGGAGAGGAAGGUCGUCUGGGGGGCCGAAAAACAAAGAACAAACAGUUUUGGAACAUUACUAUCGGAACUUUCAACUUUUAGCCGUCACUCAUCGGCUUAUGCCCGGAGCCGGCUUUGUUUCGCGGCGGGGGUGUCUGCGAUAAAUGAAGGAAUAAAAGAGAUCCACGUCGACUUUUGUUCAACCCAAGCGGACUAUUCCCUGGGAUAGUUUUCCAGAAGGCCACGAGAGAAUGGCGGCUAACAUGUACCGAGUAGGAGAUUAUGUCUACUUUGAAAACUCCUCCAGUAACCCGUACCUGAUCCGGAGAAUAGAGGAGCUCAACAAGACUGCCAAUGGCAACGUGGAGGCCAAAGUGGUGUGUCUGUUCAGGAGGAGGGACAUCUCAGGAAACCUCAACACUCUGGCUGACAGCAACGCAAGAGAGUUUGAGGAAGAGUCCAAACAGCCAACUCUAUCAGAACAACAGAAACACCAGCUCAAGCACAGAGAGCUGUUUCUAUCUCGACAGUUUGAGUCUCUACCUGCGACACACAUACGGGGCAAAUGUAAUGUGACACUCCUCAAUGAGACCGACGUUCUGUCCGGAUACCUGGACAAAGAGGACUGCUUCUUCUACUCGUUGGUGUUCGACCCUGUGCAGAAAACACUGCUAGCUGACCAGGGAGAGAUCCGAGUGGGCUCCAAGUACCAGGCAGAGAUCCCAGACAUGCUGGCUGAGGAUGAAUCAGACACCAGAGUCCAGGAGAAACUGGAAACCAAGGUGUGGGACCCCGACAACCAGCUCAAAGACUCCCAGAUCGACCAGUUCCUAGUGGUGGCAAGGGCGGUGGGCACUUUCGCCAGGGCACUGGACUGCAGCAGCUCCAUCCGACAGCCCAGUCUCCACAUGAGUGCCGCUGCAGCAUCCAGGGACAUCACGCUGUUCCAUGCCAUGGACACCCUGCAGAAGAAUGGCUAUGACCUGGCCAAAGCCAUGUCCACUUUAGUUCCUCAGGGCGGCCCUGUGCUCUGUCGAGAUGAAAUGGAGGAGUGGAGUGCCUCUGAGGCCAUGCUGUUUGAGGAGGCCCUGGAGAAAUAUGGAAAAGACUUCAACGACAUCCGCCAGGACUUUCUGCCAUGGAAGUCACUGGCCAGUGUGGUGCAGUUCUACUACAUGUGGAAAACUACAGACCGUUACAUUCAGCAGAAACGCCUAAAAGCAGCUGAAGCUGACAGCAAGCUGAAGCAGGUGUACAUCCCCACCUACACCAAACCUAACCCCAACCAGAUCAUGGUGCCAGGCAGCAAACCAGGGAUGAAUGGAGCCGCUGGGUUUCAGAAAGGCCUCAGCUGUGAGAGUUGCCACACUGCCCAGUCUCCUCAGUGGUACGCCUGGGGGCCUCCAAACAUGCAGUGCAGACUAUGUGCAUCGUGCUGGAUUUACUGGAAGAAGUAUGGAGGCUUGAAGACUCCCACACAACUGGAGGGUGCAGCCCGCGGAGGCUCUGAGUCAGGUCCUCGAGGUCACAUGACUCGACAGGAGGUGCAGGGCAUGUCCCCAUUCACCCGAAAUGAAGGCAGAGCCAAACUUCUCGCCAAGAAUCGUCAGACCUUCAUCCUCCAGACAACCAAACUGACGCGUGUUGCUCGGAGAGUCUGUGAGGAUAUACUACAGCCACGACGAGCUGCCCGCCGGCCGUACGCCUCCAUCAAUGCCAAUGCUGUCAAGGCUGAGUGUAUGACUAGGCUGCCAAAAGCCACUAAGACACCUCUUAAGACCAAAAUCAUCCCUCGACCGUCACUGGCGACCAUUGUCAAAGACCUGGCCAUCUCUGCUCCCCUCAAACUCAAGGCAUCCCGAGGCCCACCAACUCCCAUCAACAGAAACCAAGCCACACAGCCACGUGUGGGCCAAGGCCUGCUGGGAAAGAGAGGCUUUGACACUGCAACAGGGGUUCCCUACCCAGCCAAUGGAAGGCCAUACACAUCAGGGUUAAGGACCAGCUCUCAGUCUGUCAUCAAGCGACCAAAAAUGAACCAAGGAGAGGCUCCCAACCCAGUGGUGUUUGUGGCCACCAAGGAUACCAGAGCGCUGAGGAAACACUUGACCCAAUCUGAGAUGCGGCGAGCAGCGAGGAAGCCACACCUCCCGGUCAGGAUAAAGCUGCCCCCUCCCCCUCGCUCCCUGGCCAUGCCCCUACUGCCCUCCAGCACCAGUGAGCCCAUAGUCCUGGAGGACUGAAGGACAGUGUGCACUGGACAUGGAUGCUGUGUCUUUACUCUGUUCUUUGUCCGCCCCUUCACUUCUGUUACUUCCCAAAAGUUGACUUUGUCCAGACUUUUAUUCCACGUCCUAAAUUGUCUGCCCUUUUAUAACACCCGUUUUUUACAUGUGUAAUUUAAAGCAGAUAUUUUCAUCCUAAUAUGAUGACAAAGCACACAAUGUUCCCCCAUGUCUUUAUGUAAAUAUAUGCAUCUUAGUGGGGUCAUCCCUCCAGUAUUGGGAGUGGGGGACAGUGUGCACCUGUCGGAGCCGAAGGUCUGAUAAGACUUGCUUUGCACUCCUCACUUCAGCUGCAGGGGCCUAGAGCCCGUAACAUUCAGGCUGUUAACAGCAGAGUAUGUGUCUGAGAGUUCGUUUGCAGUGACAACUCGUUACCUUUUAGUGAUCACUUUUAGGCUGCAGGGCCUCCCCAAUGUGUCAAAACUAUGUAGAGUUUAUAUUUUCUCAUUUAUAAUCACAGAUCAUAAAAUAAGAUGUGUGUCUCCAUUUCAAAAUCAUUGACAGCCUGAUCAGUACACAUCUUGCAUUUCCUAACAUUGUUUUUCGGAAAUGAAUGAUGUAAGUCAGUAGUAUUUUUACUACUUGGUGUAAUGCUAAGCUGCGUCUGGAGGCAUAUUUCUCACCUUAUGGUCACAACAGAAAACUUUGUGAUGGCCCUGUAGCUUAAAGAGAUCAUAGAUCUGUAGGACAAAAUCUUGUGUAGUUUUGAGGCUCGAUAAAUGCGUACCAUGGAUUUGCACGGGUGACUGUGCCAUGACUGAUCACCAUGGUGACAAACACAUUAGGCGUUCUGUAUGUGUCUGCAUAUGUACAAGCCAUAAUGUGUAAUACACAUUUAAAAAUAACCUGAGAAAAAGCAAUGAAAAGUUGGGUCAACAAUCUGACCAAAUUUGAAUAAAAAAAGCAAUAUGUGGAGUCUACAGAAGAGGAUUAAGGCAUGUGAGAUUAAGUUAAGACUUAUUUUAUAUUCUAAUUGUUUUGGAUUUUCAUUUGGCCUUAAUCUUCUCUGUAGGAGACCAGUGAUGUCUAACUUGAGUGAAUUGAUUGUGUAUGAAAACACAAAAAAUAUGUCCCCUGUAGUUUCACAUAAUUUGACUUUUGUUGUUUGUACUGUAAUAAAGGUGAGCACUAAAAUGCUGAUUGGCAAAUUAUAACUCCAUAAUUUAAGUGGACAGUGGAGUUAGAGGCAAGUUUGGUCCCAAUGUGGGCUUUGUAAUAUUUCUAAUAAAAGAAAUUGAAGUGUUGACUUUGUAGCAAAUGAUGUGUAAAAAGUUCAAAAACUGGUGUAUUGGAAACUUUUGUACAUUUGACGUGUGUAACUUUGCUCCCGUGUGGUGGAGAAGGCUCUAACAGGCUACUGUACAUGUGACAUCCUGCUCUCCUUCAUGGGCAGAUGGACAUUCAAAACUGGGGACUAAGGGAUGGGCUGUGAUUUUUGUAUGGAGAGACAAACAUGCUACAACUGAAGCUUUUCUCAAUUUGUUUUUUAUUCUGAUGUCUGUAUCAUUUAAUGUAUCUUCAUAAAAAAUAAAUAAGAUUUUCUGUGGUCA